UACCAGUGCGCCGAUGAGAAAAUCAUUUUUAAUUCCCAAGUGAAGUGAAAUAUUGCUGUAAAAAUAUUAUUCCUCAUUUAUAAUCAACUGUGAAGGAUGAAGUUUACUGUGGAACAUGCGUGAUGUUUAAAUCAGUUACCAGCAAAAUGAGUGAAAUGUCACAGAAGUGUUUGCUCCUAGCUGUAAUAAUCGGUUUGUCCUCGGCAACAUCCCCAUGCCCAUGGGCAACUCAGGUCACCGAAUUGGAUAGCUCUUGCAUCUGCGAUUAUAAUUUAGCGAGAGAGCUAUCAGUGCAAUGUGACAUUGUUGACUUUAAUCAGCUUCUAUCAGCCAUCAGACACUAUGCCGCCAAGACAACUGUUGAUUUAUUUUACAUAAAUAACAGUACCAUCGGUAUUCUUAAAAAUAGCUCCCUCUCGACUCUGCGUAUCAACAAUAUGCAAUUAUCCGGUUGUAAAAUCAAAACAAUAGAGGAUGAUGCAUUCAAGGGUCAGGAGAGCUCUCUGAGGACUCUCAAUCUCAAAGACAAUGAGCUGAUCGAGGUACCAACGUCGACGUUGAAAAAUCUCCGUAAUCUAACGGUUCUGGAUCUCUCAUUGAACAACAUUACGAGGGUUGAGAAUGAUGCCUUUCAAAAUCUCAAACUCGUUACCCUAAAAAUAGCUGAUAACGACGUUGCACUGGCUCCUGGGGCACUCAGGGGCCUUGAAAAAUCGUUGAAGAAUCUCAAUUUAAAGGGCACUCGUCAGAAAUCUGUGCCAGAUGCUUUGAGAGGCUUGAGAACACUCGCUUUUCUGGAUUUAUCGCAGAAUGGUAUCAAGGAAUUGCCUGGGGCACCCGGUAAAAAAGCCUUCGAGGGCUUGAGUUCCUUAACUGGACUCAAUUUGGAGAGGAAUUUGAUCCAGAAUAUCGACGCCGAUGCUUUCUACGGCGUUAAAGACACCUUGAGCUCACUCAGCCUUCUUAAUAAUCUCAUUCCUGAUUUUCCUACUGGGGCUAUCAGCAGUAUUCACGAUCUCAGGGUACUGGACAUUGGCUUCAAUCUCAUCACAGAACUCCCAGUGAAUGCCUUCCACAACAAUCCCUCGAUCACCCUCCUAGCAAUCGAUGGAAAUCCGCUGUCGACAGUACCAGAGGAAGCCCUUGCCACUCUCAAUGGCACUCUCAGGGGAUUGAGCCUGGGUGGACGAUUUUUAGUGUGCGAUUGUAAACUACGGUGGAUCGCCAAUUGGAUAAGAACCAAGGAUUUACAAGUCACGAGUCGUGAGAGGAAACCCCAGUUCUGUGGGAGUCCCCUGAGGUUGCAGGAAAGGAGUUUCUAUAAUAUUGAUCCUGAAGAAAUGAUGUGCGAGAGGCCUUCGGAGAUAAUAGGCAUUGGAACAGUCGAGUCAGUGGAUACCAAGGAGCCAACGGGACCGGUGACUGGUGUAGUUGAUGGUCUUUUACCCACAACACGAUCACCAUCUACAACUCUCCCAACAACCAGUGAAACCACUCCAAGAGCUAUUUACACAAAUGCAACUUACUCCACGUCAUUCACCAGCCCAAUAUCUACCACUGAUAUCAGACAGGCUGACGUAUCCCCGACAUCUCCAAGAACAGCGAUCACCAGUCGUCCCACUGUCGCAAGAACUGGAAAUGUCGUUAUCGUAAAAACCACACAGGCACCGAGAGCACCACCACCAGGUGUAGAUCACAGUAUUCAUCAGCAUCAGCCCAAACCACCGAUGGUGUUCGCCUCAUCCGAUCAAAGACCACUUUACAAAUCCAGAAAUACCGACAGAAUUAUUCUCAAGGAAGUCAUCCGACAAGACAACACUGUCAUCAUCACCUGGGACAGCCAGUCCCCCAAGGCUAUCGAAUUCCGAGUUGUUUACAGGGUCUUCGGGGACAACGAGUUCAAACAGGCACCACCACUCGAUGCCAGUGAGAGAGAAUUCAAAAUAAAAAAUGUGCCGGAUAAUGAGUGCUUGAUCGUCUGCGUUCUCUCCCUCGAGGACUCGAACGUGACACCAGCUAAUGUACCUUAUAAUCAGUGCAGAGAGGUACGAACGGAGCCCUCACCGACCUCAAAUAUGGACAAGAUAACGAUAGCAGCAAGCGCUGCUAUCUGUGCAACGAUUGUAAUGGCUGUGAUAAUCUUUGUGGUUGCUAAUAGAAGAAGGGCACGACAAUUGCACACCAUCCACAGUCUGGAUCAGGCUAAAAGUGGUGGACCAAUAUCUGGAUUGCCAGUCAAUUGUUGCUCCAAUGUGGGACCAACGCCGAGUCCAGCUGGGCCCCUGGCUUCUAUGGCCACUCUCAGUGCGUAUAAUGCCCAGAAGGAAUGGGACCAAGUGUCUGCGUACAGCAAUCGAAGCAUUCCAAGGCCGAGGAUAUUCCCCAUCGAUCGCCAGGGUUUCAUUGAAAAUUCAUUCACAGGCUCCAUCACGAGGGCCUCGUGCAUUGACGAUGUGAGAUCUCAGGCCAGCCAUUAUGGCGGUAAAAUAUCAACGCGUUCAAUCGCCGAUGGACAGUCACAGCACAGCUUUUCCAACAAUUCAUCACGCUACUUUGCAAACACUGCACUUGCUAAUAAUCUCGUCAAUACACGGCCAGAAUUACGUCAGUCCCGACAAUCACUGGCGGCCGCUUCAGAUAGAAUGUCACGUAAUGGAUACCCAGGAAAUCAUUUACCACCCCAUGCAUCAGCACGACGUCAACGUCCAAGAUCUCGAAAUCGUACCAUCGAGCAGAAUCCACCGCCUCGUCCUGGCAGCAGAUACAGCCUAGCUGAUUCAACUCACACACUCAAUAAUUAUGAGGAAAAUAAUUGGACAGAUCAUGACAUGGACAUUUACAUGUCACGAAAUCCAACCACGAGAAGUGGUCUUGUACCACUUUAGAAAGUUAACCAAUUUUUUUUUUAUAUUUUUCGUGCAUUGCUCAAGAGUGUUCACUAGCGGAAAAAAAUAUUGAAUUCGAAGGGUGAAAAUAGAUGUACUAUAUAGGACACUUUUGACUACCAAGUCAAUUUUGGAAUAAUUAAAAUAGAUAAACAUAGAUUAUGACGGUUAGAGUGUGAAUUAAUGGAGUUAUUCAAUGUGGAAGAUCUCGAAGAAUGAUAUCUGGUGCUUGAAAAUUCUGUAGUUAAUUCUAGAAUAAUCUAACACGUGUCUAAUAAAUUCAGUAUCGAAAAGGUAAACAGUAGUAAAUCGAUUGAAAAGAAAACGGAACCGAAAUCUGGGUAUCUCCCUCAGAUUUACAGAUAUUCCUCGAAUUUUCGAUUGAGGCAGAAGUCGACUGUUGUUUACCCCUUCACUACUGAAUUCUCUUUUUAUACUCGAAGGUAAGACUCAACUAAUCGAUAGAUGAGUGGACAGAUUUAGUGAAAUUCUCAUCGACAAUUAGUUUUAGAUGAGAUUACAGGCCACUCCACCGCAAUCCUUCCAACAUGACAGCGUUAUUGUUAAAUACUCUUAAAAUGUUUAAUCAGUGACAUGUGGCUCUUCCAAAGACUGUAGGUACUCCUCAAUUAAUGGGAUUUCUGCAUAAACUCUUCAUUUAUAUUAACUAUAAAUAAUGUUUUUUAUAAAAAACCCAUUCGUGACGCGAAUAUUAUAGAAAAAUAACGAAUGCGAGAACCAUUGUAACGCAAUUAAUCCCAGUAUUUGUAAAUUAUGUACCGUUGAAUCAAAUAUACGAGUGCAUUAUUCUUAAUUCACAAGAAAUACU